AUGUCGCGUAAAAGUGAGCUGAUCAAAUUUGUUCGUGACGGACUGGACGAAACCAUCCAUGACGACGGCAAGGCCCUGUCGGCUGCUUUGGUGGAGUCAUCCAAUGAAUGGGUGAAGCUGGAUGAACGGUGGCCGGCGCUGGAAAAUCUUUGGCAAUAUCUGGGCACCAGCGUGGUUGAGGAAUUCGAAGAAAGAAAUAGGUGGAGCAAGAGUGCAGUGGAUUGGUCAGAGAAGGUGAUCGAAUGGAUGUCAAAACUGAUGAAAAUCAUCACUGCCCUCCAGAUCCCCUGCAGCGCUGUGCAGGAUACAGCUCUCAUCAACCAAGCUCUUGCAGACAUGCGGAAAGCCGUAGACAUCAAUACUAAGGAGGGGCUGACAGUGACACUCGGAAAGAUAUCGGAAUCAGCCCGACUUCACUCGAAUGCCUCCGACAAAAUCCGUGGCCUUUCGGCAGACUUCGUCGUAGUGACGUACAUGCAGUUUCUUCCUUUUCUGGGCAACUUGUCGGAUGUUGCAGUGCGUUUGGAGGACGUGGUGAAGGACUGCAAAGAACCACUCAAGAGAGAUGUUCAUUAUGAGAACUUGCAAGAGCUUGUUUGGGAUUUAAGAGAAAUUAAGAAUAAUGCUGACGCGUUGCAAGAAGAGAGCAAAUCCAAUGUGGAGCGUGUAGAGAUGUUAUACGAAAUGUGUAAUGAUGCCGGCCGAGUUCGACUGUGCGAAGCCUUCAGUCGAAUCAGCCAGAACAGGACAUCUUCCACGUCAAACCCAGGCAGGAGGCGGAAUGGAAGAGAAGCCCGAUCGUUACCCGCCCCAAGAUUCUUCAGUAACUGGAUCUUCAGAGGAAACAGAAAGAGGUCUAUUGCAGGCACCAGUAAAAAACGUUCCUUCAGCAAACCGUAG